CGCCACCAGCCCGUCGGGCUCUCCGGCCGCCUCCCUCCGGCGCGCUCCCCUUUCUUCUCCCGGCUCGCCUCCGCCCCGCCUGCUCCCACUCGCAGCAGCAGUGACCCAAUGAAGCUAUUUUGAAAGUGACCCCCGCAGCAGCUCAGCCCAGCCGGCAGCAGCUGUCGGAAAUCAUGACUGAAGAUGACGGAUUCCGCGGUGGUGGUGGAGGGCCCGCUCAAGUGGAGAGACGGCAAAAAGUGGAAGAACCGAUGGGCGGUGCUGCGCAAACCUUCGCCGGUGGCGGGCUUCCAUCUUUCAGAUUGCUUGCUUAUGCUUAUAUACAAGGAAAGAUCUGAACGACUAAAGGGCCUGAAGGAGAGGAACAGCGUGACUUUGGAAGACAUCUGUGGCCUGGAUCCUGGGCUUUGUUAUGAGGGUCUGAAUCACACUCUUGCCAUCAUCUGUUUGAGUCAAGUUGUUAUGCUGGGCUUUGAAAACAAGGAAACCAUGCAUGCCUGGGAUCUGCGCAUUCGCUACAGUUUAGGUGAAGUUCACAGGUUUCAUGUUGUGGUAGCACCUGGAACUAAACUGGAGAGUGGUCCAGCAACUCUCCACUUUUGCAAUGAUAUCCUAGUACUAGCCAAAGACAUCCCACCCUCUAUCAUGGGACAAUGGAAACUCUCAGAUCUGCGACGCUACGGAGCUGUUCCUAAUGGAUUUGUCUUUGAAGGAGGAACUCGGUGUGGUUUCUGGGCUGGUGUGUUUUUUUUAUCUUGCACGGAAGGAGAAAAGAUCAGCUUUCUCUUUGAUUGCAUUGUUCAUGGCAUCUCUCCAAUGAAAGGCCCUUUUGGUCUACGUCCAGUCCUGCCAGACCCCAGCAUAAAUCCUGCAUGCACAGAAGAGAGAGUGGCCCAUGAAGCUUUGCAGUUAGAGAAGCGACUCAGCCUUCUGUCCCAUACAAGUUAUCAUGGGAGUGCAGGUGAUGACAGAAGCUUAUCAAGUUCAUCUUCGGACACAAGCCAUUCUGAUGCUAGCAUUGGGAGCCGAUUGACUAUUUGGGCAGACCAGUCUUCAGCCAGUACUUCUCAAGAAAGUCAUGGAUUGCCUGCAGCAAAGGGAAUUCAUCUUGGGGAAGAGAAGGCCCAUUCAGAAGGUGUCCGCAGCAUCACCAAACCACCUCCUAAGCUUCUUCGAUCCAGACAACUGCAAGAAAUAGGCCGCCAAAGUUCUUCUGAUAGUGGGAUAGCUACUGGGAGUCAUUCUUCUUACUCAGGAAGUUUUUCCUCAUAUGCUGGGAGCCUGGACAUUUGCCGUGGUGAUGAAUUUGGAUCAUUGUUGAGUCUGCCGCUGAACCUCCCUUCAGACCAGAGUAUAUGCACUUGCCCACCAGGUGAUCACCUGAGGAGCCCUGGCCUGGAGUACCAGGUUCCCAGUUCCCUUAGACACGCCUAUGACACACCCAGGAGUUUGCUACAGGUAGCUGCUAAAGACACACAAAGUUCAAGUUCAGAUUCCUCAUUAUCCAAGGGUGAAUCGUCUCAAGAAAUUAGUGACCUCAAACUGCCAUUGCUACAUCUGGAAGAACAAGCUUCUCCUGAGCACAGAGGGGAAGGGGGCAUGCAAGCAGCUCUCCCCCAGGAACAUGCCAAAGACUCAUCGCUUGAGGCAAGCAUAGAUUUUGUUUCAAGGUGGUCACAUAUAAGACAACAAGCACAAUUGUUAGAUUCUAGAAGUACUGAUGUGGCAACAUUCGUUGGGGUCUCCAGCAGCCCAUGUGAACUGUGUAGCUCUCCUUCUGGGACAACUCGAGCUUUCUUUUCACCUUGCCCGGUCUGUGGAGGGCUAAAGGAAACGUCCAUUUUAUCAUCUGGAAUUUUACCAGCCAGCCCAGGUCCUAAAGGAAGCUAUGAAUUUAUGAUGCCACCUACAGAGUCUGGAGCACCACCUGAUCCUGAAGAAGCUGGGGCAGUUGGUUAUUCAGCAGACCUACCGAUGGCUGAUCGAUUGCAUGGUGAAAUGGCAACCUAUGUUAAUAUUCCUACCAGCCCCACAUCAAAGAAACAGCUUCAUUACAUGGAGCUGGAACUUCAGGAACCUAGUACAAGCAUAAGAGGGAGUGGAUCAACUAAAUAUGCCCAGAUUGACAUUACAGCGACAGAGACUGCUCAUAAAGUAGGGACACAACAUGCUCAGUUCAGAGAAGAGCGUCUGCAAGAGCUGGAACAGAAGAAGAAAGGCUCUUCAUAGCUGCCCCUAACAUAGUACUUGUAAAUGUUUCAUGAGUUUAUUAAUUUAACUAAACGCUGCCAUCGUUUUCAGAUUUGUACCAGAUUCAUUCCAAUCUAUUCAUUUCCAAUUGGAAAACUGGUAGCAUGGGGUGUGUGGGUUUGUGUGUAAAAACAUUGGUUGUACACAUGUAUGACAGAUCACUUACGUUGUAAUUUUUUUACUAUCUUAACAAAUCAGGUAUCAAAUACAAAUGAUUUUCAAACUGUGGCAUUUAAUUUAAAGACAUUUGAAUGUGUUGUGUGUUAACAAGGAUGUACAUGUAGCUAAGUAUACAUUAAAUAUUGGUCUAUACAGCAUGCGUAUUGACAAGAAUGCUGUGUUUUGUUAAGAGUUAAGGUAGCUUUUCAUGCUAUUUUUCAAAAGUCAAAGACAGAUUUCUCAUAAGAAUCACUGUUGGAGAACAGAUACAGCUUUAAAUUUCCAGCCUCUAUAUAUUUCUGGUUUUUGGCAACUCUUGAGUUGUAUAGGAAAUGUAAUUAUUAAUUAUAAUGAAGAAAUAAGAUAUUACCAAACAGUUUCUCUUUAAUAGUUGCAGCAGCAACACUAUUGCCAGUGCAGGCAAAGCCUAAUUGCAUGGCAAGUGAAGCUUUGCUCCACUUCCCAGGAAAAGAUACACAGGAAAAUAGGCUCACACACCUACUUGCUACUUGCCUGACCAAAGGCAGCUGCCACUCUACUGUCCCACUUUGUCCUGGCAGCAUCGUAAGGGACAACAGCAAGCCCACAUUCUGGCCUUUGAGCUGGUGCCUCAGUGCUGUAGCACACUAGCUCAGUUCUUAAACAAAAUCAUAACGGUAAGGCAAUGCUGAAAAGCAAAGCAACAGCCAAUCGCACCUUGAAUAAACCAAGUUGCAGUCCGUAAUUCACAGUAGAAAUUGCAGAAUUAAGGCACACCAGCUACGCUGAACAUUAUGGGUAGUCUUCAGUGGCAGCCAUGUGCUGAUGGAAGGAGUCUGUCAGAGGAAUGGACCAGGGGUGGGACCAGUGGCAGAUCUCCAAAAAUGCCACCUUGGACUCCUUUGGGAGAUAAAUAAUUUGAUAAAUAAAAAUUGCCUCCCUCCCCAUUCUGCUGGUGGAUUCCUAUCAUCUGUGGAUACACCACCUUUCUUCUUUGUUGGCUUGUUUAAUUGGACUUUUGAAAAAUAACAUUUAUGGCAACCUCAUCUCUUGAUAAAAUAGGUAUGCUGUCAAUGACUUCCUCUGGGGUUUUUGGGGUUUUUUUACAAGUUAACUUUUCUACUAAAGCAACACCCUGACUUUUUUUUUUUUAAUUAGAUUUAACUAAUAAAACUGGUAUCUCUGCCAUCUUCCCCUCUGUCAAAUCCAAUUUAUUAUUUACUCUACUGAAACAGGUUAAUAUAUUAUUCCUGUCCACAUUUCAUGAUUGUGCCACUUUCUUUGUUUAUCUCACUUUGUUUAUUUCAUGUAGUUUAGAGUUUGGUUCAACAUCCUAAGAAACUGUCACAUGAUUUUAUAGAAUAUUGUAAGGGAUAGUUUAUGCAGAAUCCAUGGCCCCUUUUGAAAAUAGAGAUUUGCAUUUUGAUUUCCCAAGUUUGCCUCAAAAGGUGGCUGAAACAAAAACUCGAUCACAGGGGUGCUUGAUCAUGACCUUUGGGUCAACAGUGUGGCUUCCCGUGUUGUUUCUAGAAGCUGCUUAUGCGCAAAUCCAUCUUCACCUAGAUGGACAUUUCUUGCCUUCAGUUUCUGUGGGCCCAAAUGAAGUAAGUGUGUCUAUCCUUUGUUUUCAUUUCAUUUCAUUUCAGUGUUUUAAUUUGUCCCAUUUUCUGAUUGAGAUCAUGUCUUACGUGUAUUUUCCCACUUAAUACAACUUUUCCACUGAAUACUUAAAAUAUGGAGGUGCUCUCAAGCAAAGAAGUUGCUAUUUUAGGAAAAGUGGCACUAAUACUACUGACACAAUUCAGAUAUUAGUGCAUUGCACUCUGGGCUUUAGCAACUAUAACAGUAUUCCAUAAACAGUAUAUUUAUUUACUCUUGCAAAUAAGUAGUCAAAAGAAUAUUUACCCGAAUUCAUAACAUUUAUUGCAAAUAUAGCUGCAGAUACUUAGAGAACAGUGUUCUAUCUAUUGGAAAGUCAGUAAUGUCACUGUACUUUGUAUUGAAGGAUUGGUCCAACUGAGCCUUUAAUUCUAUAAAUGUUUUUAUAUUCAACUGUAGUCUAAUACAAUUUACUAUUUAUAAUUUA